AUGCCGGCCGUGAAAGGCGAUGGAAUGCGCGGCUUGGCCGUCUUCAUUUCGGACAUCCGCAAUUGCAAGAGCAAAGAGGCCGAAUUGAAGCGCAUCAACAAAGAAUUAGCGAAUAUUAGGAGCAAAUUUAAAGGCGACAAAACACUGGAUGGGUAUCAGAAGAAGAAAUAUGUGUGCAAGUUGUUGUUCAUCUUUUUACUCGGCAAUGAUAUCGACUUUGGGCAUAUGGAGGCUGUGAACUUGUUGUCGUCGAACAAAUACACGGAGAAGCAGAUUGGUUACCUCUUCAUCUCCGUGCUCAUCGAGGCCAACUCCGACCUGAUGAAGCUCAUCGUUCAAGCCAUCAGAAAUGACUUGAUGUCCCGAAAUCCAGUUCAUGUCAAUUUGGCUCUCCAAUGCAUCUCCAACAUUGGAUCUCGUGACAUGGCUGAGGCUUUUGCCAAUGAUCUUCCGAAGCUGCUCGUCUCCGGGGACACAAUCGAUUUCGUGAAACAGUCGGCUGCUUUAUGUCUUUUGAAACUCUUCAGAAAUUCGCCUGAUGUAAUGCCUUCACCAGAUCAUGCUUCGAGAAUUGUUCAUCUACUGAAUGAUUCACAUAUGGGCGUUGUUACAUCAGCCGCUUCUUUGAUUGAAGCUUUGUCAAAGCGAUGGCCGGAUGACUACAAGGGAUGCGUCUCUCUAGCGAUCUCUCGAUUGAGCAGAAUUGUCACAGCUACUUACACGGAUCUACAAGAUUACACCUACUACUUCGUGCCAGCUCCAUGGCUUUGCGUGAAGUUGCUUCGACUGCUGCAGAAUUAUCCACCACCAGAAGAUCCAUCCAACAAAGCUCGGCUUCUCGAGUGUCUCGAGGGAAUCCUGAACAAGGCACAAGAUGCACCAAAAUCAAAGAAAGUUCAGCACUCAAAUGCCAAGAAUGCUGUGCUAUUUGAGGCAAUCGCUUUGAUCAUUCACAUGGACAGCGAGCCAAAUCUCUUGGUGAGAGCCUGCAAUCAGUUGGGUGCUUUCCUCAGCCAUCGGGAAACAAAUUUGCGCUAUCUGGCUCUUGAAUCGAUGUGUCUCUUGGCUACCUCGGAAUUCUCUCAUGAAGCUGUGAAAAAGCAUCAAGAGACGAUCAUCAACUCGUUGAAAACGGAACGUGAUGUGUCUGUCCGCCAACGAGCUGUCGAUCUUCUUUAUGCAAUGUGCGAUCGAACAAAUGCCAGCGAGAUUGUAGCCGAGAUGUUGACCUAUUUGGAGACCGCUGACUAUUCGAUUCGAGAAGAAAUGGUGCUAAAAGUAGCAAUCUUGGCUGAGAAAUAUGCAAAUGACUACACGUGGUAUGUUGAUGUGAUACUGAAGUUGAUUCGAAUCGCCGGAGACUACGUAAGCGAAGAAGUGUGGUAUCGAGUGAUUCAGAUUGUCGUGAAUCGCGAAGAUGUGCAAGGAUAUGCGGCAAAGACUGUUUUUGAAGCUCUACAAAGACCGGCUUGCCACGAGAACAUGGUGAAAGUUGGUGGCUACAUUCUGGGAGAGUUCGGCAAUCUCAUUGCUGGAGAUCAACGAUCAGCGCCUCAAGUCCAGUUCGAGCUUCUCCACUCGAAAUACCACCUCUGCAGCAUUGGAACCCGUUGCCUUCUUCUCACCACCUAUGUGAAGUUCUGCAAUCUGUUCCCAGAGAUCAAGCACAUUAUUCAAGAAGUCUUCCGAACUGAUCACAACUUGAAAAACCCGGACGCUGAGCUGCAACAGAGAGCCGUUGAGUAUCUUUCAAUGAGCAAAGUAGCAACGCCUGAUGUUUUGGCAACGAUUCUCGAGGAGAUGCCCCCAUUUGCGGAAAAGGAGAGUUCCUUGCUGGCCAAGUUGAAGAAGCACAAGCCACAGGUGGAAGAGCUCGAGUCGGUGGCUCAAGAGAAGAAGAGUCGACCACAAGCAGUUAUGGCUCAGGAUGGAGGAGCUGUUGGAUCCUUGGUGGAUCUUGAUCACUCAGCUCACUCCGAAGCUGCUGCCUUGGUUGACAUCUUUGGCUCUCCAUCGACUACCACAACAUCCACAAAUAACACCGCCACUCAGCCAACUGGAGAACCUGUUGUUGCAAAUAAAGAUGACUAUUCGAAGUUUGUUUCGAAACUUAAUGGAGUCCUUUACGAGGAUGAGACGGUUCAAGUUGGCUGCAAACUGGAGACAAGGAACAAUUUGGCUAGACUGGGGAUGUUUUACGGAAACAAGACCCAAACUCCAUUCACCGACUUUAAACCGGUGGUGGUUUGCCCAGGAGCAUUGUCUGUUCAGCUACAAGCACAGGCAAAACCAAUGGAUGCAGUGGUUGCAGCCGGCACUCAAGUUCAGCAACUCAUCAAUUUUGUUUGUGUGCAAGAGUUCAACCGAACGCCCAUCAUUCAAGUGUCUUUCAAUUACACGCCAACUUCCGGUCAAUCGACCCAUUUCGACAAAUUCUUGUACCUCCCCAUUUUCAUCAACAAAUUCUUUGAGCCGACCGAGAUGACCAGUGAGACGUUCUUCGCCAGAUGGAAAGCUCUUGGCAUCCCGUCACAGGAAAGUCAAAGAAUCUUCAUUGCCAAGCAUCCGAUCGAUUCCACUCAAGUCAAUGCCAAGUUAACUGGAAUCGGGGCUAAAUUGCUGAGCGAUGUUGACCCGAAUCCGGAGAAUUUUGUUUGUGCGGGCAUCAUUCACACACAGACACAACAAAUCGGAACGCUCAUUCGUUUGGAGCCAAAUAAACAAGCCAAAAAGUACCGCCUGACCGUUCGGAGUAGCAAAGACGCCGUCUCGAAGUACCUCUGCGAUUUGCUGGCCGACUUGUUC